CAGACGCGCGCACGCGCACCUAUCGAAGUAGAAAAUAAUAAUCUUUCGUGAGUGAAUAGUUUAAUAAAAGUUGUACGUUUUUAAUUAUAGCUAUACGCAGCCAUUUUUCGCGGCAGUCAAAUAAUAUCUGACAAAUUUGCUUAAACUAUUCGACCCAGAAGCAGAAGACCAAAGCGCAGCUUUUUAAAAAAAUAUUCACUACUCUGUAUGUGAUAAGUGUUAAGUGGUAAACAAUCCGAGUAUCGUGGUAUUGAUAGGAUUUAUGAAUUUUGUGAAUUAUAACGGACUAUGGGCGCAGUAAAGAGUAAGUUGGCGUCAGCUGCUGGGUGCUGUUAUAGAUGUGCCUGCUGCAAGAGCUUCAAGAGCGAGUCUUAUGAUCUCAGGGAUCUGCCGAGACCUCCUCGAUUGGACAGUUCAAAUGAUGUCAUCGAUGGCACCAGAAAAGGCGUCCUCGCUAUCCAAGGCAUCGACUUUUGCAAUGAUACGAACGGCGAGAAUCAUCACACCAGCAAGUUUAACCUCAUGACGAGGACUGUCGACAGAUGUCUGGUAGUGCGACGAGGUCAGGCGUUCAAGUUGGAUCUGCUUCUGAACCGGCCAUACGAUCCCGAUAGAGAUGCCGUCUCCUUCAUUUUCUAUGUAGCAGAUGUAGAAAAACGUGGACCAUCUGAUGACACAUCAGCAGCUGUUCCAUUACUUGAGAAGGGAACGGAAACUUUGGGAGCAUGGACUGCAGUGUACGAAGGCCAAAUGGAUUCUCACCUGAUGGUGGCGGUGACGCCCGCUGCAGACUGUAUCGUAGCUGCUUGGCGUCUUGACAUCGACACUAGGCUAGCCGAUGGAGGAUCAUUAAGCUACACUCAUCCUCAGCCUAUAUAUGUACUGUUCAAUCCUUGGUGCUUAAAUGACAGCGUUUAUAUGCCAGGUCACAGCCACCGCGAGGAGUAUAUUCAGGAAGAUGGUGGAUUAAUGUUUAGAGGUGUGUACAAUCGGAUCAAGCCUACUCCAUGGAAUUAUGCACAGUAUGAGAAGGAUAUCUUAGAUUGUUCUCUUUAUCUAGUCAGAGAGAUUGGAAAAGUUAAAGGGCGGGCUCGAAGCGAUCCUAUCAGAACAGUGCGGGCUCUUUCGGCUGCUGUAAACGUUCAGGAUGACAAUGGAGUGUUGUUUGGAAACUGGGCCAAAGAUCUCAGUGACUACAGCGGAGGGACUCAUCCGCUGAAGUGGGUGGGGUCGUUGAUGAUAUUACAGAAGUAUUACGAAAAGAAAAAACCGGUAAAAUAUGCCCAGUGUUGGGUCUAUGCCGGAGUAUUAACCACAGUUUGCAGGGCGCUGGGCAUCCCAUGCAGGCCGGUGACAGGGUUUGAUGCUGCUCAUGACAGCCAAGGUAGUCUGACCAUCGACAUUAUCAAGGAUGAAGAAGGAAACACCCUGGAGGAGUUCACCAGGGAUUCCGUGUGGAAUUACCAUGUUUGGAACGAGGUUUGGAUGGAACGUCCCGACCUGGGUUCAGAUUACGGUGGUUGGCAAGCUAUCGACGCUACUCCUCAGGAGACUUCGGAAGACAUGUACCGGUGUGGACCCUCAUCUCUUCGAGCGGUCAGGGACGGUGAACUUCAGAGACCUUACGAUACUGGCUACGUGUUCGCACAGGUCAACGCUGAUAAGAUUUUAUGGAAAUAUUCAGGGGAAAUUCAACCAUUGAAACUGUUGGCAAGAGAUACAACAUCUAUUGGACAAAAUAUUUCAACAAAAUCUAUCGGGAAAAUGGACAGAGAGGACAUCACAAGUCUAUACAAAUAUCCCGAGAGGACGUGGGAAGAGCGAGUAACGAUGGAAAAGGCGUUGCGGAAGUCGCAAAGCAUCUUCGCUCGAUAUUACCUCAAUGACGCAUUCAAUGACAUUGUUUUCGAUUUCGAACUAAGGGAUGACAUAAAGAUCGGUCAGGACUUCAAUGUUAUUUUGCAUAUAAAGAAUCGAUCGUCAGAAGAACAGCAUCAAGUCAAGGGAACCCUGAGGGUGGACACAGUCACGUACACGGGGGUAACAGGGGAUGGGGUGAAGAGGUACGAGUUCGACGUUAAGGUCGCACCAAUAGCGAAGGAAGAAGUGAAAAUGCUUGUGACCUUCGACGACUAUUACUCAAAACUGGUUGAUCAGGCAUCAUUCAACAUUGCUUGCCUAGCGUCGAUAGUUGACAAAAACUUCGACUAUUUCGCGCAAGAUGACUUCAGAGUGCGAAACCCAGACAUCAAGAUUGUGAUCGACGGGAAACCUGUCUCUAAGAAGGAAUUCACGGUCACCGUGAAGGUGGAAAACCCUCUGCCUAUCCCGUUGAAGAGUGGCAAAUUUUAUAUUCAGGGACCUGGCUUGGAUAAGCAACUUAAGAUAGAGUUAGACGAGAAUGUCGCCCCUGGAGCCUUCGCAAAAGCCGAAUUUAAGCUGACACCUCCGUGGGCUGGGCGUCACCAGAUCUCAGCUAAGUUCAGCUCCAAAGAGAUGAAGGAUGUAGACGGAUUCCUAUCAUUCAUUGUUGCCAUGCCGCCAGAGACAAACGGAUACUCCACAGAGACUAAUGAGAGUCACCAAAUAUAAAUACCUACUGUCAUAUUAUAUCAAUUGGAAAUACAUAGUUACUUUAUGUAUAUGUACAUUUCUAUCUGGAACAAGAAUGUUAAAAUCAGUGAUGAUUUGUGUGGAAAAACUUUACAACAUAGUACAUAAAAUCACCACGCCUCUUUACCGGAGGGGUAGGCAGAUACUAGAUUUGCUACGAUCUCUGCAUACUUCUUUCGCUAUAAUGUAACAACUUAUAUUUUUAAAUGGCAAUUUUAAAUGCGACCAAAAAGUGUACUUCUGAAAAGGUAAAUUUAACUACUUAAAGUUUAUACCUACUUAAAACCUAAUUUACAGCAUUGUUAAUAAUGAAAUAAAUCUUGUAACAGGUAUGUAAUAUUUUUCUGAAUACAAGAAAUGUUAUGUGACGACUACCUACAGUGGACGCCUAGUUAGUACAACAAUUUGAUUUCUGUAUAAUAUUUAUGACUACAAUAUUUACUACGAUAUUUUUAAAUAAUAGCUACAGAUGUUCAGUUUAUGUAAAGUGUAGUUUUAAGCUAUCCUUAGAUAUUUAUUGUUUUAGAAGAUAACAUUAAUGUUAAGAUAUUAAGAGCAAUAAUAAUGUAACUAUAAAAAACUAAAUAUAUUUAAAAAAGUAAAAAAUACAGAACCUGAGUAAUAC